AUGAAGAGAGAAUACGAAGAAUUUAAAGUCCGUGUUAAUGGGCUUGUUGCCAAGGCACAAAAAAUUCCUGAAGAAGGAUGGAUUAUGCAAGAUGGUACACCAUGGCCUGGAAACAAUGUCAGAGACCAUCCAGGAAUGAUCCAGGUCUUCUUGGGCCAAAGUGGGGGGCUUGAUUCUGAGGGCAAUGAGCUGCCACGUUUAGUCUAUGUUUCUCGUGAAAAGCGUCCUGGUUUUCAACAUCACAAGAAGGCUGGUGCCAUGAAUGCACUUGUUCGAGUAUCAGCAGUCCUUACCAAUGGGCCUUUCUUGUUGAAUCUUGAUUGUGAUCACUACGUAAACAACAGCAAGGCCUUGAGGGAAGCUAUGUGCUUCCUCAUGGAUCCAAACCUUGGGAAACAUGUUUGCUAUGUUCAGUUUCCUCAGAGAUUUGAUGGUAUUGACAGGAAUGAUCGAUAUGCCAACC